AUGAUGAUAGUCCUGACAGUUGGGUCUAGCAACACCAAACUGGAUGAGCAGUUCCUAGGUUUUGGCUCAGAUGAAGAAGUCAAAGUACAAAGUCCCACCAAAUCUCCCACAGUGAAGUCUAGUCCACGAAAACCUCGUAGGAGACCCAGAAGCAGUCCUGAUCAAAGUUCAGCUGCACACUCAGACUCUUCAUCAGUGUGUUCCCCCCUGAGCAAGUCUGAAACCAUGUCCAUGGAAAAGGUAAAGAAGAAGGAAAUUAAAAGUGGGGAAAAGAGACGAGGAAGACCUCCAACACUUAGUAGUGUGAAGUUCAAGUUAUCACAAGUAAAGGACACAUCAGAUAUUCAUAAAGGGAGCAAAGAAGCGAAAGAGAAUCUGAAGAAAAUAAAAAGGGCACCGUCCACUACAUUUCAGCAUGCUGCAAAAAUCAAGAAGUUACGAACUGGUAAACUCUCCCCACUGAAGUCUAAAUUCAAGACUGGGGGGAAACUUCAGAUUGGGAGGAAAGCGGUUCAGAUUGUGCGCAGGAGAGGAAGGCCACCGUCUUCGGAACGUUUAAAGACUGCCUCACCACUAGUCAUUAAUUCACAGCUGGAGAAACCCCAGAGGGUACGUAAGGAGAAAGAUGGCACACCACCACUUACAAAAGAAGAAAAGACUGCUGUCAGACAGAGCCCCCGCAGGAUUAAGCCUGUUAGGAUUAUUCCUUCUACCAAGAGGACAGAUGCAACAAUUGCUAAGCAACUCUUGCAGAGGGCUAAAAAGGGGGCACAAAAGAAGAUUGAGAAAGAAGCAGCUAAACUGCAGGGUAGAAAGGGAAGAACUCAGCUCAAAAACAUCCGGCAGUUCAUCAUGCCAGUUGUGAGUGCUAUCUCUUCGCGGAUCAUUAAAACACCCAAGCGAUUCAUUGAAGAUGAAGACUAUGAUCCUCCUAUUAAAAUAGCUCGCCUAGAGUCCACACCAAACAGCAGGUUUAGUGCUACAUCUUGUGGGUCCAGUGAAAAAUCAAGUGCGGCUUCUCAGCACUCAUCUCAGAUGUCUUCAGAUUCCUCACGAUCUAGUAGUCCUAGUGUAGAUACAUCUACCGACUCUCAGGCAUCCGAGGAGAUGCAGGCACUUUCCGAAGAGCGCAGCAAUACUCCAGAAGUUCAUACCCCUUUACCUAUUUCUCAGUCCCCUGAAAAUGAUAACGGUGAUAGGAGAAGCAGGAGGUUUUCAAUGUCAGAAAGGAGUUUCGGGCAAAGGGCAGCUAAAAAACUGUCAACCUUGCAAAGUGUGUCCCAGCAGCAGUCCUCUUCCUCUCCUCCUCCACCUCUGCUCACUCCUCCUCCACCCUUACAGCCUGCUACUGGCAUCUCAGACCACACGCCGUGGCUUAUGCCUCCAACAAUACCGUUGGCUUCACCUUUUCUGCCCACCUCUGCUGCACCCAUGCAAGAGAAACGGAAAUCAAUUCUACGAGAACCAACAUUCAGGUGGACCUCUCUGAAGCAUUCUAGGUCAGAACCACAGUACUUUUCCUCAGCAAAGUAUGCCAAAGAAGGUCUCAUCCGUAAACCAGUGUUUGAUAACUUUAGACCCCCGCCACUGACGCCAGAGGAUGUUGGUUUUGCAUCUGGUUUUUCAACAUCUGGUGCUACGGCUCCAGCUCGCUUGUUUUCUGCUCUUCAUUCUGGAACAAGAUUUGAUAUGCACAAAAGAAGUCCUCUGCUUCGAGCUCCAAGAUUCACUCCAAGUGAGGCCCACUCCAGAAUUUUUGAAUCUGUAACCUUGCCUUCAUCUGUUAGUCGAACCACUGCAGGAACUUCUGUGACAGGCAUAUCUUCUAGGAAACGAAAGAGAAGAGUGUUUAGCCCGAUCCGAUCAGAACCCAGAUCUCCUUCGCACUCCAUGAGGACAAGAAGUGGAAGACUUAGUACCUCUGACCUGACAACUCUCACCCCUCAAUCUUCUGUCUCUUCCUCACUAACUAGCAUGUCUGUUAGUUCUCUUGCCACUAGUGCCUUAAACUCAACUUUUACUUUUUCUUCCCCUCCCCUGACCCAGUCUGGGGAAUCAGCAGAGAGAAGCCAGAGACCAAGGAAGCAGAUCAGCACUCCAGCUGAGCCUUUCUCAUCCACUAAUCCUACUCCUCUGUUUCCCUGGUUCACACCAAGUCCCCAGACAGAGAGAGGGAGAAAUAAAGACAGGGCUACUGAGGAACUGUCCAAAGAUAAAGACGUUGACAAAAGUGUGGAAAAGGACAAGAGCAGAGAGAAAGACAGAGAGAGAGAAAAAGAGAACAAACGCGAAUCAAGAAAAGAGAAAAGGAAAAAAGGGUUAGAAAUUCAGAGUAGCUCUGCUUUAUUUCCUGUAGGUAGAGUGUCCAAAGAAAAAGUUAAUGAAGAUGUUGCAGCAGCAUCUUCAGCUAAAAAAGCUGCGGGGCGGAAGAAGUCUACAGCAAUAGAUCCUGUAGCAGAUGCUUCUGCUGUGGCUCUUGUAGAUAUGACAGCUGGCAAAACCAAAAUGCCUAAGAAAGGUAGAGGGGGCUUAGAAAAAUCAGAUCUAGAUCUAAGCCCCACUGUUCCGCCCCUGGAGAAAGACAAAGCCCUACGCCUCUCGGCUCCUUCGUCAAGCACUGUUAAACAUUCCACUUCCUCCAUCAGCUCUAUGUUGGCUCAAGCGGACAAACUUCCAAUGACUGAUAAGAGGGUGGCCAGUCUCCUAAAAAAGGCUAAAGCCCAGCUGUACAAGAUUGAGAAGAGCAAAUCCCUCAAACAAGCAGAUCAGCCAAAAGCACAGGGUCAAGAGAGUGAUUCAUCAGAGACUUCGGUGCGAGGACCACGAAUAAAACAUGUCUGCAGGAGGGCGGCUGUAGCACUAGGCCGUAAGCGGGCAGUGUUUCCUGAUGACAUGCCUACUCUGAGUGCCUUACCAUGGGAAGAACGAGAGAAGAUAUUGUCUUCCAUGGGAAAUGAUGAUAAGUCAUCAAUAGCUGGCUCGGAAGAGGCUGAACCUCUUGCUCCACCUAUCAAACCAAUUAAGCCAGUUACCAGAAACAAGGCACCCCAAGAGCCUCCAGUGAAGAAAGGUCGGCGCUCAAGGCGCUGUGGGCAGUGCCCAGGCUGCCAGGUUCCAGAGGACUGUGGUGUCUGUACUAACUGUCUAGACAAACCGAAGUUUGGUGGGCGCAACAUAAAGAAACAGUGCUGCAAGAUGAGGAAAUGCCAGAAUCUGCAAUGGAUGCCUUCAAAAGCUUAUCUCCAGAAGCAAGCUAAAGUUGUGAAAAAGAAAGAGAAGAAAUCCAAGACCAAUGAAAAGAAAGAGAGCCAUUCUGGGAAGAACCAAGUGGAUUCUGGACAGAAACCAGCUCCUCAGACUGUUUUAGCAAAAGAAGAUAAUGCCUUGAAGAAGAGCAGUGAACCUGCCCGAAAGCAAAGUGAGGAGAAACAUGAAGAGGGAAAUACCUCUGUCCCAGUGUUGGAGUCCAAACAGGUCACUGCUUCUGGUGCCAGAAAAACUGGCAAACAAGCACCGCAGCCAUUGCAAGUUCCCCUUUGUCAGCCGCCUGGCUCAGGACCACUGAAAAAAGAAGUAUCUAAAACCAUACCUAGCGAGACCAAGAAAAAACAGACCCCCCAACCAGAAUUAGGCAUAGAGCAAAGCAAACAGAAGAAAGUUACUCCCCGUCCAAGUUUCCCUGUGAAACAGAAACCAAAAGAAAAGGAAAAACCUCCUCCAAUCAACAAGCCAGAGAACAGCACACUGAAUUUGCUCAGUACUCUGUCAAAUGGAAGCAGUUCCAAGCAAAAGGCACCUACAGAUGGAGUCCACAGGAUCAGAGUGGACUUCAAGGAGGACUGUGAAGUGGAGAACGUUUGGGAGAUGGGUGGGCUAGGCAUUCUGACCUCGGUACCUAUCACUCCCAGAGUGGUCUGCUUUCUCUGUGCCAGCAGUGGACACGUGGAGUUUGUGUAUUGUCAGGUCUGUUGUGAGCCCUUCCACAAGUUCUGUUUAGAAGAGAGUGAGCGCCCUCUGGAGGACCAGUUGGAAAACUGGUGCUGUCGUCGUUGCAAGUUCUGUCAUGUAUGUGGAAGACAGCAUCAGGCAACAAAGCAGUUGUUGGAGUGUAAUAAGUGCCGAAACAGCUAUCACCCUGAGUGCCUGGGACCAAACUACCCAACAAAACCCACCAAGAAAAAGAAAGUUUGGAUCUGUACCAAAUGUGUUCGCUGCAAGAGCUGUGGUUCAACAACUCCAGGCAAAGGAUGGGAUGCACAGUGGUCUCAUGACUUCUCACUGUGUCAUGAUUGUGCCAAACUCUUUGCUAAAGGAAACUUCUGCCCACUCUGUGACAAGUGCUAUGAUGACGAUGACUACGAGAGUAAGAUGAUGCAGUGUGGGAAGUGUGAUCGCUGGGUCCACUCCAAAUGUGAAAAUCUUUCAGGUUGUGUUUGUUACUUUUUUUUGUCUCCAGAUGAGAUGUAUGAAAUCCUCUCUAACCUUCCUGAGAGUGUGGCAUACACUUGCAUUAACUGCACAGAGCAGCACCCUGCCGAAUGGCGGCUGGCACUGGAAAAGGAGCUGCAAGUUUCUUUGAAGCAGGUUUUAACAGCCUUGUUAAAUUCCAGGACUACCAGUCACUUACUACGUUACAGACAGGCAGCCAAACCACCGGAUUUAAAUCCUGAGACAGAAGAGAGUAUCCCAUCCAGAAGUUCUCCUGAAGGUCCAGAUCCUCCUGUUCUAACAGAGGUCAGCAAGCAGGAGGAGCAGCAGCCUCUGGACCUGGAAGGAGUGAAAAGAAAAAUGGAUCAAGGAGGUUACACUUCCGUGUUGGAAUUUAGUGAUGAUAUUGUGAAGAUUAUUCAAGCAGCCAUUAAUUCAGAUGGAGGGCAACCAGAAGUUAAAAAAGCUAAUAGCAUGGUCAAGUCCUUCUUUAUUCGGCAAAUGGAGCGUGUUUUUCCAUGGUUCAGUGUAAAAAAAUCCAGGUUUUGGGAGCCAAAUAAAGUAACAAGCAACAGUGGGAUGUUGCCGAAUGCAGUGCUGCCCCCUUCACUUGACCAUAAUUAUGCUCAGUGGCAGGAGCGUGAAGAGAAUAACCACACUGAACAGCCCCCUUUGAUGAAGAAAAUCAUUCCAGCUCCAAAACCCAAAGGGCCUGGAGAACCAGAUUCACCAACUCCGCUGCAUCCGCCGACACCACCUAUCUCUAGCUCUGAUAGAAGCCGGGAGGAUAGCCCUGAACUUAAUCCACCUCCUGAUGUGGAAGACAAUAGGCAGUGUGCACUCUGUCUGAAAUAUGGUGAUGAUAGUGCUAACGAUGCUGGACGUCUCCUGUACAUUGGCCAGAAUGAAUGGACACAUGUAAACUGUGCUUUAUGGUCAGCAGAAGUGUUUGAGGAUGAUGAUGGGUCUCUGAAAAAUGUACACAUGGCUGUGAUCAGAGGGAAGCAGUUGAGAUGUGAGUUCUGCCAAAAGUCAGGUGCCACAGUAGGCUGCUGCCUUACUUCCUGCACUAGCAACUAUCACUUCAUGUGCUCCCGAGCCAAGAACUGUGUCUUUCUGGAUGAUAAGAAAGUGUACUGCCAGCGGCAUCGUGACUUGAUCAAAGGAGAGGUGGUACCGGAGAAUGGGUUUGAAGUUCUUAGAAGAGUUUUUGUGGACUUUGAAGGGAUCAGUUUGAGAAGAAAAUUUCUUAGUGGCCUGGAGCCAGAAAACAUCCACAUGAUGAUUGGUUCAAUGACUAUAGACUGCUUAGGAAUUCUGAAUGAUCUGUCAGACUGUGAAGACAAGCUGUUCCCCAUUGGUUAUCAGUGUUCCAGGGUGUACUGGAGCACAACAGACGCUCGGAAGCGCUGUGUGUAUACUUGUAAGAUCAUGGAAUGUCGACCUCCUGUCAUAGAGCCAGAUAUCAAUAGCACUGUAGAGCAUGAUGAGAACAGGACAAUUGCUCAUAGUCCAGCACCCCCAACAGAAACUCUAUCCAAAGAGAGUCGAAAUACACCAGAAAUGGUAAACCCUCCAUCUCCAGAUCGUCCCCUGCAUUCUCAGACCUCCAGUUCCUGUUACUAUCCUCUGAUCUCAAAAGGUCCCAGGGUCAGGACACCAAUCUAUCCCCUAACACAGCGGUCUCCUGGGUCUAGGCCUUUGCCCUCUGCAGGAAGUCCUACACCAAUGACCCAUGAAAUAGUAACAGUGGGAGAUCCUUUAUUAUCCUCUGGACUUAGAAGCAUUGGCUCUAGGAGACACAGUACCUCCUCUUUGUCACAACAGCAGUCAAAACUCCGAAUGAUUUUUCCCACCAGAGUUGGGAACACUUACUCCAGACACACUGUGCCUGGAGUAUCUAGUAUCGGAUCCUCUUCAGAGCAUGAAUCAAGCUCAAAAAAUAUAGACAGCUUCAAAGGGUCAGUGAAUUUAAGUGCUCCAAGUGCUUUAGCUCAAAAUAGCCCUAACUCUUCAAGCUCUCCGAGAACGGUAGCUACAAGUGGAAGUAAAACUUGUCAUUUGGGUGGAUCUCAGUCUUCAGAAAUAAAACACUCUGCCAGUUCAGAGUCUAUGUCCAAAAGCACAUCUUCAAAGGGAGAGAAGACAAAAUUGUUGAGCUCAAAGGACUCAGAUUCUUCAGCUCAUAGCUUUGCUUCAUCUGGGAAUACUAAAAUCUCCACCCAAGUGCUUAGUACAUCAGGCAUAGAAUUAAACAUUAAUAAAAAGGGAACUUUUCAAGAACCUUCUUCUGCGACACUUUCUUCCAAAGAUACAAUGCCCUUUCCAUCUUUCCAUCAGAGAGGCCCAAGGAAAGAUAGAGACCUACAUAUGGACCUCAUACAACCAGAAAAAAUCCCUUCUGUUGAAGAUAUAGAUGGAAAGAACUUAAAGCCUGCUGGAAUAAGUAGCAGGUCUUCUGCAGCAAGUGACCACGUGGUUUCUGCUUGCAGAGACAGACGACAGAAAGGAAAAAAGUUAACAAAAGACACUUACAAAGAGAAACAUUCUGUAAAAACUUUUACAGACUCGAGUCAAUUGACCACCUGUGAUGAAGGAAGCUUAAAACCAGAAUUCAUAAAUCAGGUUUUGGCAACUGAACAGAUUAGUCAGAGGUUGUGUAGUAAUGUUUCUGCUGAGAAAACGGGGGAUAAGUCUCCACCUACACAAGGGGCAUCUAAAGCUCCAUUGGUGCAAGUUGAAGUGGGCUCAAAGGAAGCACAGGCUCCUAGAAAACGCACAGUUAAAGUAACCCUGACUCCUCUUAAGAUGGAAAGUGAAAGCCAAUCUAAAAAUGCACAGAAAGAAAAUGAUGCCGAAUCGCAGAGUAAGGGUGCAGAACCAACUGCUUUGACAGAGCUAUCUUCAACUUCUGAAAGCCAAGGAGAUGGUUCUGUUGUCCAGGGAAGUCCAAGUGAUACUCCUACCCAGGAAUCUCAAAAUAAUUCUUAUCCGAAUCUGCCUGUUGAAGACAGAAACUUGAUGCUUCAGGAUGGAACUAAAGCUCAGGAAGAUGGUUCCUACAAGCGGAGGUAUCCCCGGCGAAGUGCUCGGGCAAGAUCUAACAUGUUCUUUGGAUUAACUCCUUUGUAUGGUGUGAGAUCUUAUGGAGAGGAAGACAUUCCAUUUUACAGCAACUCAACUGGGAAGAAGCGAGGAAAGAGGUCUGCAGAAGGACAAGUAGAUGGUGCAGAUGACUUAAGUACUUCGGAUGAAGAUGACUUGUACUACUACAAUUUCACCAGGACAGUGGUUUCCUCAAGUGCAGAAGAGAGGCUUGGAUCCCAUAAUUUAUUCAAGGAAGAGGAGCAGUGCAAUCUUCCAAAAAUCUCCCAAUUAGAUGGUGUGGAUGAUGGAACAGAAAGUGAUACAAGUGUUACAGCAACAACAAGAAAAGUAAAUCAGGUAACCAAAAGAAGUGGCAAAGAAAAUGGGACUGAAAACUUAAAGCUUGAUCGAGCUGAAGAAGCUGGAGAGAAAGUACAGGUCACCAAGAACUCCACUGGCCAUAAGACUGACCCAAAGAUUGAUAAUUGCCAUGCUGUGAGCAGGGUUAAAACACAGGGUCAGGAUUCCUUGGAAGCUCAGCUGAGUUCCUUGGACACAGGCCGUAGAGCUCAUGCUAGCACACCCUCAGAGAAGAACUUAUUGGAUACUUUUAACACAGAACUGCUAAAGUCAGACUCUGACAAUAACAAUAGCGAUGACUGUGGAAACAUUCUCCCUUCGGACAUCAUGGACUUUGUACUAAAGAAUACACCAUCGAUGCAGGCUUUAGGAGAAAGCCCGGAGUCCUCUUCAUCUGAACUUCUAACGCUGGGGGAAGGGCUAGGUCUUGAUAGUAAUCGUGGCAAGGACAUGGGUUUGUUUGAAGUGUUUUCUCAACAGCUGCCAACUGCUGAACCAGUGGAUAGUAGUGUUUCUUCCUCUAUAUCAGCAGAGGAGCAGUUUGAGUUGCCUUUAGAACUUCCAUCAGAUCUCUCCGUUCUAACUACUCGUAGUCCUACUGUGCCCAGCCAAAACCGCAACAGGCUUGCUGUAAUUUCAGAGUCUUCACUCUCAUCUUCAGGAGAGAGGUCUAUACUGGCUUUACCUUCCACAGAAUCUGGAGAGAAGAGAGUUACAGUCACAGAAAAAUCUGCCUCCGGUGAAGGGGAUGCAACUCUUUUAAGCCCAGGGGUAGACCCAAGCCCUGAAGGACAUAUGACUCCUGAUCAUUUCAUCCAAGGUCACAUAGAUGCAGAGCACAUAGCCAGCCCACCUUGUGCCUCAGUAGAGCAAGGACAUGGCAGCAACCAGGAUUUAACUAGGAACAGCGGUACUCCUGGACUCCAAGUGCCAGUAUCGCCUACUGUUCCUCUUCAAAACCAAAAAUACGUUCCAAACUCCACUGACAGUCCUGGUCCAUCUCAGAUUUCUAAUGCUGCAGUACAGACAACCCCGCCCCACCUAAAACCAACCACUGAAAAACUUCUGGUAGUCAAUCAGAAUAUGCAGCCUCUGUAUGUCCUCCAGACUCUUCCCAAUGGUGUUACACAAAAAAUACAGCUGACUCCUUCUGGUAGUUCUGCACAGAGCGUAAUGGAGACCAAUACUUCAGUGCUAGGGCCCAUGGGCAGUGCACUUACAUUGACUACGGAAUUAAAUCCAAGCCUGCCAUCAUCUCAGUCUUUAUUCCCCCCCACUAGCAAAGGACUGUUGCCUAUGUCCCAUCACCAGCAUUUGCAUACCUUUCCCACAGCUACUCAGAGUGGUUUCCCACCAAAUAUUGGCAGUCCUGCAUCAGGUCUCCUUAUUGGUGUACAGCCACCUCCUGAUCCUCAGCUUUUAGUGUCUGAAGCAAGCCAGAGGACAGACCUUGGCACUACAGUUACCACCCCAACAUCUGGCCUUGGGAAGAAAAGGCCAAUCUCCCGACUGCAGUCACGAAAGAAUAAAAAGCUAGCUCCGUCUGGAACCCCUUCUGCCAUAGCUCCUUCAGAUAUGGUUUCCAACAUGACUUUGAUUAAUUUUGCUCCCUCCCAACUUUCCAACAGCCCAUUAGAUUUGGGGACCCUUGGAAAUUCGACAUCCCAUAGGACUGUUCCCAAUAUUAUUAAAAGGUCUAAGUCUGGAGUCAUGUAUUUUGAGCAAGCGUCUUUGCUGCCCCAAGGUGUGGGAGCAGCCCCUGCUGCGGCAGUGGGCACUUCACCCAGCAUUAUUGGACCAGAUGCCGGCCACCUCACGACAGGGCCGGUGUCAGGACUAGCAUCAAAUUCAUCAGUGCUGAAUGUAGUAUCCAUGCAGGCCACAGCAGCACCUAGCACUGGUGGGUCAGUACCUGGCCAUGUUUUGGGACAGGGUUCUGUAACAUUAACUAGCCCUGGAUUGUUGGGAGACCUUGGCUCAAUAAGCAAUCUCUUGAUCAAAGCCAGUCAGCAAAGUCUUGGUCUUCAGGAACAGCACAUGACUUUGCCACCAGGUUCUGGGAUGUUUUCACAACUGGGGACGUCACAAACUCCAGCUACAGCAGCAAUGACCGCUGCAUCAAGCAUAUGUGUAUUGCCUUCAGCACAGACUAUGGGCAUGACAGUUGCUCAAUCAUCCACUGACCCAGAAGGUCCUUAUCAGCUUCAGCAUAUGACACAACUUUUAGCCAUCAAAAAUGCUUCUUCCCAGCUGGACCUUGCCACUGCUUCAGCACCUCAGUUGUCAAGCUUUCCACAGCUAGUGGACAUUCCUAACAACACAGGCCUCGAGCAAAGCAAGGUUUCCUCGACUGCAAUGCAUGCCAGUUCAGCUUCGCCUGGAGGCUCCCCGUCAUCUGGCCAACAGUCUGCAAGUAGCUCAGUGCUCGGUCCCACAAAAAUGAAGCCAAAAAUUAAACGAAUUCAACCGCCUUUAGACAAAGCGAAUGGAAAGAAGCAUAAAACUUCUCACAUGUGGACCAGUCCCCCUGAAGUACACAUUCCAGACAGAGGGGCCAAUGCUGUAUCCCAGGUCUCAGCUGCAGGGACUCCUGCAGUGAAGGCAGACAUUCAAGAUACAAGUAUAGAUCAGCUACCACAAAAGCCAUCUGGGCAGCCUGCAGGGCAAAUGGCAGUUCUUACAGAGCCACAGUCAGUGCAGAACACAGCAAAUGAGCAAGAAAAUACAGGAUCCAAAGCUCCUGAGGAGGAGGAAGGCACUUUCAGCUCCCCACUUAUGUUUUGGCUGCAGCAAGAACAAAAGAGGAAAGAAAGCCUUGGUGAGAAGAAGCCAAAGAAAGGACUAGUUUUCGAGAUCUCAAGUGAUGAUGGUUUUCAGAUCUGUGCAGAAAGUAUUGAAGAUGCCUGGAAAUCACUGACUGAUAAAGUUCAAGAAGCUCGUUCCAAUGCCCGUCUGAAGCAGCUAUCGUUUGCAGGUGUGAAUGGUUUGAGGAUGCUGGGGAUUAUCCAUGAUGCUGUUGUGUUCCUGAUUGAGCAGCUUUAUGGAGCAAAGCAUUGCCACAAUUACAAAUUUAGGUUCCACAAACCAGAGGAGACCAAUGAACCCCCAUUGAAUCCACAUGGCUCUGCUAGGGCUGAAGUCCACCUCAGGAAGUCAGCAUUUGAUAUGUUCAAUUUCCUGGCUUCUAAACACCGACAGCCACCAGAAUACAACCCCAAUGAUGAGGAAGAGGAGGAAGUGCAGCUGAAGUCUGCUCGGAGGGCAACUAGUAUGGAUCUGCCAAUGCCCAUGCGAUUCCGACACUUGAAGAAGACCUCCAAGGAGGCAGUUGGUGUCUACAGGUCUCCCAUCCAUGGCCGGGGCCUAUUCUGCAAAAGGAACAUUGAUGCAGGUGAGAUGGUGAUUGAAUAUUCAGGCAAUGUUAUUCGCUCCAUCCUCACUGACAAACGAGAGAAGUACUAUGACAGCAAGGGGAUUGGCUGCUACAUGUUCCGCAUUGAUGACUCUGAAGUGGUAGAUGCCACUAUGCACGGAAAUGCAGCCCGCUUCAUCAACCACUCAUGUGAGCCCAACUGUUACUCCCGUGUAAUCAACAUUGAUGGCCAGAAACACAUCGUCAUCUUCGCCAUGCGCAAAAUCUACCGCGGGGAGGAACUCACGUAUGACUACAAAUUCCCCAUUGAAGACGCCAGCAACAAACUGCCUUGUAACUGUGGCGCCAAGAAGUGCAGGAAAUUCUUAAACUAAAACUUUCAUGAGCUGUGAGUGAGCCCUGAAGGGCCUGGGGCGAACCAAAGUUACAAUGCAUUUCCUUCCCGCCAUUUGGGGGAGAGAGGGGAGGACAGAGAUGGAAAUGAAGAUUGACGGGGGCUCAGGGACGUAAGUGAUGACUGCGCUUCUCCGCCAGAGUCCACAUCUUCAUGUCUCACAUGCGCACACUUAUCCUUUGUGAAAGACACGGAUGAUCAGAGAAGAUCCUCAAUAUGAUUGUUAUACUUUUUCCACUCCCCCCCCCUCCAGUAUUUGUCAUUGUGGGAUAGUGAGCGGGAGAGGGGAAGGGUGGAUGGAUGAGGCAAAACAGACCAAAACCCAUAUAUGGGUAGAGGCCUCAGAUUUUGUCCUUUGUUGUUUCUGGUUUGUCAGGACUCUGUGACCAGCUUUGCCAGGAACGGCAAUGUGGGGUUUUCAGUUUCCUUCGCUUGCUGUGUCAUAAUUUAAAAAAGCGCAGUACUUGACUGAGCUUUUCCUCAGGAGAGAGACUGUAUCCCAUCAACCAGCUCCAUGAAGGAUGUUCUGAGUGUCUGGUUCCUGCCACCAUGCAUUUCCAAAACACUAUUUGUGAGCAGGCUGGGUCUUAUCAGACUUCUUAGAGCAGCCAUAGGUGGCCCCAGUGCAUUUCUCUUGGUUGGUCUGUCCUUUAUUGGGGCCUGGGAAGAGUAAAUAAGGCUAGGGUAACCUACAGCAGCCUGUAAGUGAACUGAAAAGGGUUUCAGUAGCAUUUUCCUCUGAAAUUCCUGUUUUUGUAUAAGAGAGUUCCUAGCUAUUUUAGUAAAGGAAGGGGCUGUGUUGGGUUUAUGCCAACUGAUUACAGUGAUUCACUCUUCAGGAUUUACAGCCCAAAGUGGAAAUCCUUGUCAGCAAAGGCCUUGUUUCAGUAAUUAAGUCCUUUGUAGAGUAGGAACAACUCUUCUCCCAUGUUUCUGCCAUCAGAAAUGGGCACUCUUCUUUGGUCUAGGGAGAGAUCUGCCUCCCUACCUCUGACCUGUCCAAGCAAUGGAAAUCCACGCGCAGAGUAGCAGGACCUGCAGCUGUCAGAAAUGGAGAGCAGCUCUAUUAGCCAGCCCGCACUCCCAAACAGAAAGUAGCAAAGGCGAUUUGCAGAGAUUGCAGCUGGAGAAGCUCUGCUCACAUGGUUUAAAUAAUGUAGUAGGAUAAAUGAAUCAGGCAAAUGAGUGAUUUCUCUAAGCACAUCCCUCUCUCUAGAUCCAUUUCUAGGUUACGGUUACGUCAAUCUUCCUUGUAAGACAUAGGAAUAGGCACCAAAAGGGGGUUUUAAAAGCUCAGUAGACAUGCAAGGCCAAACACUAACAGUCUGAGCAUACUCCUUGUAGCAUUUAAAAAUGUGUUUAGGAAACCAGUUUGCAACUGCCACAAUUAAACCCACCUGAGUGAAAUAGUAAAUCCAUUUAAAAAGCAAAACAGAAUGACACUAGUCCUGGUUCAAGCGGGAAAACUUCCCCCCCUUUUGGAUCCAAAAAAAAAAAAAAGCCCCAACCCUGUUAAAUUAAGUGAUUGGAUUUUACUCUGUUCUGUUUACAGUGUAGUAUUUAAGGUUUUAUAAAUGUAAAUAUAUUUUGUAUAUUUUUCUAUGAGAAGCACUUCAUAGGGAAAAGCACUUAUGACAAGGCUAUUUUUAAACAGUGGUAUUAUCCUAAUUUAAAAUAAUCUGUUUUUAAUAAUUUUUUAUUUUCAUAGGAUGGUUAUAGGAAAUAUCUGGCUGGACAUAGUCUGAUCCUUCCUCCAGAGAGAGGGAUACUUUUAUUUUUAUUUUACUUUUAAUCUUGUUCUGCCUUGUUGACUUAAGUAACUGUUUCCUGGAAGCUUUGGCUGGACCUUAAUUAUAUUGAUUUGUCAAGGGAGAGGGCAUGGGGAACAAUCACCCAACUCAGGAGGAGUUUGACUCAGUGGAACUUUAUUUGAACGUCUGUGUUAACUUUUUUGGUACAGUUUUCCUACCGCUGGGCAGAAAGAGGCAUGAUUCUGCCUUGACACAUGCCACUGUUCUGUUUAUAGAAAGGUGAAGGAGAGGGGGUAAUAAUCGCUAUCUUUACUUUUCCAUUAGUUUGGUCAGAGCUCAGAAUUAGGAAUAUGGCAGGAAAUACGAAUUUUUCCACCUUGCUCUUUCCAUUUAAAUCUUGCAGAGCAGACAUGUCCUCCUCAGUAAUUCACUGAUCCUGCCAGGAUACUUACUGAGCGUGAGUGGUCCCUGCAUCUCUGGAGAGAUCACUUUAACUUAAGCCCAGGACUGUGAUUGGUAGCAGGGAAAGCCAACUUCCCAUCACUCACUACUGUGUUUCUAAAGCAGCUUCACUGGAUAAAGAGCCAGAGUGGGUUUUCAUUCUCGGAAAAUUCUCAACUCUUCAACCAGAGAAACUUGGUCCUGUGGAAAUUGAGCAAAGCAAUAGAACCACAGCCCUGCCUUUGUUCACCAUCAUUGUUAGGAACAGGUGUGGGAUUUGCACCCACCAAUGCACUUCUCAGCCCUGAGUGCCUCUCACUUGGAAACAUAUGAAUUUUUCCUUUGAACAGUAAAAUGAUAAUGUACUCCUCUCUCAUCUGUCCCUGUGGACAGGCCAUCUACAAUUUGCUGAAUUAGCAAAUUGAAAGGCUGCUAUGAAACAGCAUCAGCAGCCGCCUAUGGAAAUUGGACAGCAUUGACUAAUAACUCCUUAGCGCUCACAGUCCAGCACUAUGUAACUGUGCCAUUCAACCCCAGAGACCUCUUCCUCUGACCGGAGAAUGAAAUGCAGCACUCAGAAGGGUCAGGAAUUGCUGGUUCCUUUUUUUAUUGCACUGUGUGAUUAUUAUUUUGUAAAACUUUUUUUAAAGGAAAAAUCAAAGGCAAAGCUGCACGUGUUACUGAAAUGAUUUGAUGCACUGACAGUUUGGGAAUGCACACACACUGAGAGGCCAGAAAGCAUGUCUGGGGAAAUCUCAGCUCAGCAUCCCUAGACACAACUCUUCGCGGCAGUGCUGGGGGACAGUUCCAGUGCUGGACACACCAGUGAAUUUUAACUUCAGAAUGGUCUAGUUCAAUCAUUUUCCCCCUUCUCCCUCCUGCUGAUAUCCCUUAAUCUGGCAGAGAAUCAGCCUCUGCAGCUGACAACAAUCCCAUUCUUGUCUCUUGCCAAAAAUCUGUGUAGCUAUCAGCUAUUUGAUAAGCAAAAUUGAGUCCUCACCAGAAAUCCACACUAAGAGCAAGGUCUGAUCAGGAAACACUGCUCCCACAAACCCCCUUAGGAAAAAACACAAGAAGAGGGGGAAAAAUAAGUGAAGGAGAAAACAGAAGAGAGAUACCACCUGAGUCCCUCUGAGAACCAGGCACUAGAAAUUUCCUCUACCGUGAGGACUGAGAGCGCAAAUGGAUCAGGCUAGAAUUUGGUAGAAGAUCCAGCUCACUGAAUGCUUUGCUGCUAUACCUGUUGUGGCUGCCUUAACUAGCAGCCACUGUGGCCAGUGAAACUGUCUGUAAACCAGAGAAGCUGAAUUGUGCUGACUUACAGGCUGGGCCAGGGGUCCCCUUGGCUCCCCACUUCCAUUGUUCUCACCAGUCUAUCUCCAGCACAGAGGUUUUCAGUCACUUACAGUUUUAAACAAAUAAAAGGAAGGUGGGGAGAAGCCUUGGCAGCUAGUAUUUAAGUUUUCAAUGAUUCAUCUGUAAGACACAGGCCUAUGUGCCCUUUAACCCUGUCCUGCCCAGGCUAAUAGUGAGCACAAUGCAGCUUCCUCGUAUAUGAAUGUAUAUUUUAUAAGGACUGACAUAGAUCAUGAUAUCUGAAAAUACUAAAAGUCAAACCUUAAGGCAUUUAUUUUUAUUUGUACAAACCAAUUUUUUUAAAGGAAAAGCGGGUCAUUGCAAAGGGCUGGGUAUAAUCUUUUUAUUUCAUUUUCUUUCAUUUCCAAGCAAUACCAGGUUCUUCAGCAAGAUGGUCUUUGUGCAGAAUCAUGCCAUUCAAACCCAUACUACUGGUCCAUACUCAACACACUUGCGAGUUUUUUUAUAACUAUAAAUAUGAUAUAUAUAGGAACUAAUAUAGUAAUGCACCGUGUAAUGAAGCCUAGUUCAGUAUCGGUCCAUGGCUUUUAAUUCUCUUAACACUAUAGAUAAGGAUUGUGUUACAGUUGCUAACAAAGGCAGGAAAAAUAAUCAAGCUGUGUACUUCUGGGUUAACAAAUGUAAACUGAGGGGGGCUUGCUUGGCACUAGUGCAGAACACCUCAGUGUGAAGAGUGACAGCAUUCACAUUCAGGAACUUGCUGCAGAAAUGAAAUACUUAGCCCGUAGUUUCCCUGCUUGAGGAUUUUUCUGACCUUCAAUGUUACCAGUCAGUACUUGUACAACUUGUUUUUUUGUUUUUUGGAAUUUUUUUUUUUUUUUUUUGGUUAUGAAUGUUGGGGUACCACCUGCAUAUAGGGAAAAAUGUGUUCUGUGCUUUCCUGGUAUCUUUUUAACAAGGUACUGUAGCUUUGUCUAUCAACCAAGAACUAUACUUGUGGUGUUUCUUUUAUUAAACUUAACAGUCUCUUUAGUAAAUACAGAUAGGUGAAUAAUUGUUCAAAAAAAAAAAAAAGCU